GUAUCCAACUUCCUUGCCAGUGUAAGUUGCGCAAACCCCUAUCCGUACCUCUACCCUCUUCUCUUGUGCGAGCACACGCUGACAGCCAAUUGUCGGUCUAUGAUUCACAGGUCAUGUUCGCCGAUGGCUCCUAUAACAAGCCCUUCUUCCUCCUCUACGUCAACAUCUCUAUGUUCGCCCUCGCCCUAAUACCCAUGGGAAUCCGACACAUUAUGCAGUAUGGGUGGCCGGCAUCGAAGCGACAACUGAUAGAGGCCUGGUACGAAAUACGGCAGGGCAGGUCGUACCAAAAGGUCGCCACGGUCGACGACGAAGAGGCGAUGGCGGGCGAGAGCCUUCUGGUCGACGACACAGGCAGCGUCGAAACGAACAAGUCUGAGCAGCUCAGCCUGGCCGAGACCUUCUGGCUCAGUCUCGAGUUCAGCAUGCUCUGGUUUGCCGCCAACUACUUUGCGUCGGCAUGUCUCGAGUACACCAGUGUCGGCAGCGUGACCAUCUUGACAUCGACGAGUAGUAUCUGGACUUUGAUCUUCUGCGCGCUGGCCGGCGUGGAGGGUUUUACGGUGCGGAAGCUUCUGGGAGUGCUGGCGUCGCUGGCCGGCGUGGUGCUCAUCUCGUCGCUGGACAUGAGCGGCGCGAGUGAUGAGAUGCGAGGAGACUUCCCGGAGAAGUCGAGGACGGAGAUUGCAAUUGGCGAUGCCAUGGCCUUCUUUAGUGCCAUUGUGUAUGGCGUUUAUGUGACGGUUAUGAAGAAGAGGGCCGUUGAUGAGGAUCGGAUGAACAUGACGCUGUUCUUUGGGAUUGUGGGGGUACUUAAUAUGCUAUUUCUUUGGCCACUAUUUAUUAUCCUGCAUGUCACAGGGAUCGAGACUUUCGAAUUACCACCAAACGGCACAACUUGGGCCAUCAUCUGGAUUAACACCAUCUCUUCCUUCUUCAGCGAUAUCAUAUGGGCAUACGCCAUGCUCCUCACCACGCCGCUAGUCGUUACCGUCGGACUGUCACUUACGAUACCGCUGUCACUUAUUGGCGAGAUGAUCCAAUACCACCAAUACUCCAGCUGGAUUUAUUGGGUCGGAGCUGGUAUCGUGGUCUUCUCCUUCGUGUUUGUAAACAACGAGAGCCACGAGGAAGGUGAUGGUAAUGGGGAAGCCAAUGCGAACGAUAAGGAGCAACAGACAACAGCUGAGCUGAGGGUCGUUGUGGGAGUAUCAAGUACUUCCGACGCAGCUAUCGCUGUCUAAUAGGUCGAAGAUUUCUUGGGUGACUUUUUGUGGAGAGCGUGGCAUCUAUGGGAUAUUGCAUAUAGAGAUGCGGGCGUUCUUACUUUUGGGCAUGGCAUCCUGGCUAUUUCUCUUUCCAUUCUACCAGUAUACAAGCUCUUGAGAGAGCGGGACACAACCCAACGGUGUCGUAUACAUAUUCAGUUGUCUAUAUUCACGAACCUCGACAUAAUGAUAAAUAUAGUAUUUGCCUGGUUCUUGUCCCAUUAACAAGGCGCAUUGUGUUGGGUUGUCACCCAUGAAGGGAGGCAUGGUGUGAUUUGACCGUCGACUGCUGGGAGAACAUGU